AACCUCAAUACGAAACGAGAUGGUCAGCUUUCGAGCCGGUACAGCAAAAUGCUGGAUGGACACUGCUCUCUGGGAUGGCAACUCGUCGCUGUUAUAGUCCUUCUGACCAUCGGCAACACCACUGCCUAUUUUGGUUUAACUGGUAAUGAACCACUCACCAUCUUGCCUCUGACACAAGAGACAGAGCAGGCACACGGGAAGACCCACUUCAAGGUCUGUGAUCGUCUGAAGCUGGAGCGGAAGCAGCGUCGAAUGUGUCGGCGGGAUCCGGGAGUGGCCGAGACCCUAAUGGAAGCGAUCAGUAUGAGUGCCCUUGAGUGUCAGUACCAAUUCAGAUUUGAGAGGUGGAAUUGCACUCUGGAAGGACGUUACAGGACGAGCCUUUUGAGAAGAGGUUUUAAAGAGACUGCGUUCUUGUACGCUAUCUCCUCGGCUGGGCUGACCCACGCUCUGGCCAAGGCCUGCAGUGCUGGUCGGAUGGAGCGGUGCACCUGUGACGAAGCUCCCGACUUGGAAAACCGGGAAGCUUGGCAGUGGGGAGGCUGCGGGGACAACCUCAAGUACAGCAAUAAAUUUGUCAAAGAAUUCAUGGGACAGAAGAAAUCCAACAAAGAUUUACGAGCACGUGUAGAUCUGCACAAUACCAAUGUUGGUGUUAAGGUUAUCAAAUCUGGGGUGGAGACCACCUGCAAAUGUCAUGGGGUUUCUGGUUCCUGCACAGUUCGGACUUGCUGGAGGCAACUGGCACCUUUCCAUGAGAUUGGCAAGUUACUCAAGCUGAAGUAUGAGACUUCGCUCAAGGUGGGCAGCACAACUAAUGAAGCGACUGGCGAAGGGGAAAUUACGCCACCGAAGAAAGCCAUUCCAGCUACCUACCACCAGCAAAAUCAGAUCCCAAGGACUACUGACUUAGUCUAUAUCGAUGACUCACCAAGCUUCUGCCGGCCAAGCAAGUACUCACCAGGUACUGCAACACGGAAAUGCUAUAAGGACAAGAAUUGUGAAAGCAUCUGCUGUGGCCGGGGACACAAUACCCAGAGUCGAGUAGUGACACGACCAUGCCAGUGCCAAGUGCGCUGGUGCUGUUAUGUGGAGUGUAAACAAUGUACUCAAAGAGAAGAGAUAUACACCUGCAAAGACUAACAGUUUCUAGAGGAAAACAAAACUAUGGAAAACCAGGGUGAAGAGCAUGAUGGAUCUACCCAAAGAAAUAAUGCAACAAAUCCAAAUGUUCCUAAAAGUAGUACAGAGAAACUAUUGGUUUCUAAGUAGAACUGAUGUAUAACCUGCAGAUCUUUUGCAUUCAACCAGCUAAAGUCUGAAGUCAGAUAACACAGAGCUAAACAGAUAUUGAAUGAUGAAAGGUUGGGUUCUAAGUAAACUACUUUAUUUGUGUCAUAUAAUGAAUUACUUUAAAGUUAAUGCAUCUCGAACAGAAUUGAACAUUACAACGACAGCUUCACAGUUGAGAUGGUUAAGAAUUUGAGAACUUCAGUUUUAAUUAAUUAACACUGGGUUUGUUCAGGCCAACAGUUAUAAGGUCUAAAACAUACUAUUUGCUGCUCAUUUAGUUAAUAAAUGAGUUUUAAAGAUGUCUUCCAAAUAUAGAAACAGGAUGAGAAGAGGCAGCAAGGCAUGGCAGUUCCAUUUGGGCUCAAGAGAAGAAGAAUGAAGAAAAACUAUUUUACAAUUAAUAACCAAAGCUCGUUGAAAUUAGACUGCCAAAGUGCCCACAACCCUAAUAUUUAACAUUCAGUGAGGGCUCAAACGAAUAGGCUUCAUUAAGAGCAGGAAAUUAUAUUAAAGAUGUUCCUUAAUUUUUUUCAUAGAAAAUGUACUGUGUACUUUAGAAGUGAGCCUCAUGGACAGGAUUUGGUUCCCUCAUUGAUCUCCCUUGACAUGGUGCUAGGGAUGCUUCGGUUGGUUAUGGAAUGGGACCCUUAUGUCUGUAGUGGCCUGACUCCUUAAGCCUGAUUCUCCCGUAGGUGAUCCGAGGCAAAAAGCUUUGUGGGAUCACUGAUUAAAUUGAGUGGCUGAAUAGAUUUAUUAUUUGUGUACUUCAGACAGACUGUCCAGGUAGGCCACAGGCUUGAUUGCUAGUGUUAACCCAUCUGAGCAGAACAAUUGAUAGCAGGGUUUGGGAUGACAGAGAGGAAUCUAGCAGUACCUUUCUCUUCUAGUUAUUACACUUUUUAGAAGUGCAUGAGUGUAAAAAAGUCAAGUUGGAUUUAAGUUGCAAUGCUGUUUAUAUUUCCAAAGCCAACCUUCGUCACCCUAACCCUAUCCUAAUCUGGUCACAAUGAUUAAAUACCCUCACACCCAGCUGUUCUCAUGAGUCCUGUUUAGUAAUCUGGCAGUGGAUGACUGGUUCCCAGGAUAUUGCCCUCCAGUGAGGAAUGUGCCUUUCAAGGAGUGAAUGGGGGUGGGGGUGAUAGUGUUGGCCGUGGUGAGGGGGUAGGGGCAGAGGAGGAGUAGAAGUUGAUGAGAAUCAAGAUCCACGAGAAAUUUCAUGGUUUAUUUACAGAUCUUGCCAAGAUCUUGGAACAGGGUUCCUUAACCCCAAUGUGCCUUUUCUGUGGGGUUACUUGGUUUUCGUAUUCUUUAGGGCUCGGGUUGGCUCCCCACAGCCCAUUUGGAGUGAGGAACCAAAAAAAAUGUUUGUACAAGUAAAACGUUCCAGGAAGCGUGAUAAUUUCUUGCGGUAAUUUCAUUCCUGGGAUCUACAUUUGAAUUUAGAAGUGGUAUCAGAUAGAUUCUUCAGUUUGAUAGCUUCCAGGAAGUGCUGGGUUCCUGGAAGAUGAGCAGCAGGGUCCAGGCCAAUUGAUGUUAACAUUCUACUUAUUAUGGGGCUGGAACUGUUGUCAACUUAGCCCCAAAUGUUAUGGAACAGCUCAUUUAAGUGGUUACAAAAUGUGAACCUUGGAUCGUUAUGUGUCCCCAGAGCAUGUUUUUGAGUUCCUAUAUUUAAGCAUUUAAUGAUUUCAUUACCUUGUGGUAUUCCUGACAAAACAAGGCCUAUAGGCCAUUUGAAUGUUCACCACUAGAUUGUGGUUCUCUGCAAAUUGAAAAUUUUGACAAGCAGUAAUCAUACAGAGAAAUAUCUUGUAGACAAGAGAUGUGGCACAUUGUCUUCCUUCAAUCAUUUACUUGCAGUCUGCCAGAAAAGAGACUAAUUCAUCCCAUUGAGACCUUCAGCAACAGCACAGUGAAGAUGUACUUGCAACUGAAGUCUCAGAAUGCUUCAAAUACCAAUUGCAGAUCAGUAUCUGCAAUCCUCAAUAUGGCAGUUGCAGGCUAAUUAUAUGUGAUGAUGAAAGCAAUGGACAAUAAGUCUGUGGAGCUCUUAUGAGAAUCUGUGCAGGGCCAACUGUGGAGCACUGCCUACUUUCACUGAAUGCAGUAAGGAUGCAAAUUUGUUUCCAAGACUCUGGUUUUUUAGGCCAAAGUCUAGCAGAUACUUAAAGAAACAUGGCAGAACCUGUUGAUGUAAAGACUGGAGUCUGACGUGAACAUAUUGUACUUAAGUGGAUUUAACUGCCUGGAGAUCAGUAAGGAUUAGCAGUAGUUGCAUAUCCCUCACUCUGUUAUAACAAUUUGACGAAUCACCGAGCAUGCUCACAAACUACUACUUAAUCCUGACACCCCUCAUUUCUACAGGCUGAAUUGAAACAAUUCUACCCUCUUUCGGGUAAUACUCUUAAAAGAAGUAAGAAGACUGCCAAAACGGGAGUAUGCUGAAGACCAGCAGGAUGUUCAGAGACCACCACUCUUCAGCUUCUGAAACUAAGAUCGUUUUACUGCAAAAUAGACGCAGCAAUUUGCUUCCUGCUCCUAGGUGUCACUGGUAUGCCUUGUAAAUAGUAUUGAUUAAAUAUGCUGGUUACACCUAGUGGUAGAAUUAAAUGGUUAUGUGAUCCAUUUUAGGCAGCUUGGAAUGUAGCUUCAAUGGUGAAUGAUGAUGUGUGCUGUUUCCAAUUAAGAGUGGCCAGCUUUUAUUCAACAAACCUAUAAGAAAUACUGUACAAUGAUGAAAUAUUGAAGAUGACUUGGCUAGAAGAUUGACCCAAUCAGCAGAAAGCUCCAUUAUAUACUUAUAGUAUACAGUAUACCGCAAUCAGAGUGGUGUCAUUGAGACACUAUCCCGCAGAAUCGCAAGGAACAUCAACUCAACUCAUGUUGACAAGAACAUGGAUUAUUACUUGUGGACUGCAAUAAGAUUUAUUGCACCAUUUGGGUCCUUAUGUCAAGAUAUACUUUAAAUGACUUCAUAGAAAGCACUUGGGUCACAUUCAUUCAGCGAGAUAAGGCUGGAAAACUCCAAGACUGGUGUAACUAAGAAUGUAAUGCAAGAACCAGUCAAAGGGCUACUUAUAUUGAGGGUGGAAAUGAGGGUGGAGUGUUUAAUAUGCAUGCAACUGUGGUGAAUAACCUCAUAUUGUAUAGAAUUAUCAAAAAUGUCUUUUUUGUCUUGGUUACAUGAUGUAUUAAUGUGCUAUAUGCCCCACUUAUAACACACCCUCGUAUUAUUCACUGUUGAUCACAGUAUGACAGAGAACUAAAGCUUCCUUCAGUGGGUUUCACAAUACAUGCACUGCGAAAUCCAUACCAGAGAGUUCUCAGGCUGAGUAAACUGAUCACCACCAAGAGGAAGCUGGUAUCGUCUAACUACACUUUAGCUCAAGGAUGGAGUGGUACAAGGGUGGGGGAGAUCAGAAGUUAUGUCUGCUCCUGAUUGCUCUCUAGUGAAUCCAACUGGCAGAUGCAUGUGCCUGUAUGGGUGUGCGUAUGUGCAUCCACCCUUAUGAGAGAGGGGUAGAGAUUUGGAUCUGGGAAAAAUUAGCCAGUAAGAUACCAAAUUCUAUCAAUAAGUAUUGCAACGUAUGUUGGUGUGGAUUAUACAAUCCAGCGCAAUAUUCUGAGAUGAAACAAAAAUAAAGGUGAAAACAAACCUCUACGAUUACAGGGUGUGUUAUAAAUGAUUAGUGCAGUACAGAGUAUAUUGACCCUGGUAGCAGUAUCUGAAGAGUUUUAGUUUAACUUUCUACCACAGUGCACCACUGGCUGGUAAAAUAGUGGCCAUUGCUGUAACCUAUAUUAUAACGGUCACAGAACGAGUCAGUUCUAAUCAUAAAUAUAUAUAAAUAUAUAUAUUAUAUUUAUAUAUAUAUAUUAUUGUUAGUGGGUGGGAUGGGGUGCAAUGACUAUAUGUGUAAAUGUGCUCAAUUGCAUGAGUGUAAAAUUGGGUUUGAGAAUCCUCAUAAAAACACAAGGCAAUGGUUAUUUCAGGUCACUUACUGUAUGUUAAUAAAAUUGUAAAUCUGGUAGGAAGAUUUGCAGACACCUGCCAUUUCUGGCAAAGCCACAGACAUUGAUAUCACAGAAAAUCUCCCCAGUAGCUUUAAAAUAUCUCUAACUCUCAAAGAACGAAGGAAAUCUCUUUCCAACUCAACUGAACAAAUAACGAUAAAGAUUAAACAGACGCAAAAGCAAGGAUUUUAAAGAUCCAUAGAUCUAUUUUGUUAAAAGCUUUGAAACAGCUUUUUUUAUGCUUUCCUGAUGUGAUGAGACUGCCACUUCUGGCAGACAUUAUAUACUUGUGUGCACCAAAAGAAGUAUCAUUAUAAAAUGAGUUUAUGACUAACUAGUUGACGUAUGAACUAGAAUACAGAUUAGUACAGUGGGAUCAUUUACAUUUAAAAUUUAAGGAACAAGUCGUAUCUUAUUAUUUAAAGAUCAAAUAACUACCUGGCUGUUGUUCAUGGUAGAACAUCUAAGAGACAGGAGACAAUUGUGUUGAUGUCAUUAUCGAUCCAGUUUUGGAAGAGUUACUUUCAAUCUGGAUCAGUUCAUUCAGUCCAUAAAGGGAGAAAGAGCCUGCAGUACUGUUCAGUUUCUAUAUCUAACAGUACAUUGCUGCAUUUAAAAUCCUCUGGAGUGGUUUUGCAUAUUUUAAAUGAGACACAGUGUUCACUUUGUGGAGGUUAUCAGAUUGCCAGAACCAUAUCACCUGUGAUGGUGGGACCAUUCAGUCAGUUAUCAUUGAAGAGUGUUGUUUAAAGUUUUGGCAAGCUCCUUAUGGAACUCUUCUUUCUAUUUUGUUUUCAUUGGAGUAGUCUGCAGUUAAACCCAGCUCAGUGGAGUAGAUUUUCCUGCAGUCCAUCUUAUCCUGGCAUGGCCCUAUCCUUCUGUCCUUUUGGUAUCACUUUUGCCAAUCAUGCCAAACAACUGAACACUAUCUCUUUACCAAAUGAGAAUAUCAAUAUACAAAGUCAGAGAUUGAUGUUGCCUCUUCUGUCACUCGAAUGUAGCAUUAUGCAAUUGAACCUAGGAUUUUCCUGAUCUGUAUGGCAUAGUAAAUACAAAGUGCACAUAUUGCUCCGUAUUUUGUCAGAAAAUGCCCUGAAUCACUUCACUGGAGUGUACUAAAAUAAAAUUAGGUUAAAAGGUAUUAGAGAAGAUGAUCAAAACUUUGUUAUAUGAACAGUUUUAGCAAUGGGAACUUGUGGAGCAAAAGGGGUCUUGAAAGGAGAUUCAGCAUUUAGGGCCCAGAAUUUUUAAGCGAGCUGGAGAUGGUUACAGCUAGGACGGUUGAGGCUAUUGGAGGUUGAACAGGAUGUGUUGUAAUUGGAAUCGAGGUUAGGUUAAGCUUAAAUUUAUGGAAGUUGGAAGGCAAGCCAGGAAAGGUUUGGAACAAUCAAAACUGGAGUUAACAAUAGCAUAGAAGCAGGGCAAUGCAUUUACCCACUGAGCCAGUUAUGAUUUUGUUUGUAUAUUAGGGAAAAUUAUGAAGAACGACAGGCAAAAAGUGUUUUUAAAAGAUGUUAUAAGAAAAGGAUAAAAUAGUUAAAGUGUAUAGCAUAAAACUUUUUACACAAGAUUAUUUUAAUCAGAUUUGAAUCACAGUUGGAUAGAAUGUUCAUGUAAAUAUUAAUUCUCAAAUAUGCAUUACAGUUCAGAUCCUUUCCUUUAGUAUUGCUGAAGGGAAACCUCAACGUGUGAGGGUUAAAGUGUUUGUAUAAAAUGGCUUUGUUCUGCAUUUCCAACACACUUAUUCUCCCCAUGCUUAACAGACUCUCAUGCCUAAGUAAGCAGCAUAUAAAUAUUUGACUUGCUUUCAAAACUGUCCUGAGUCUCGCUCCCACUUAUCCUAGUGAUAUUCUUCUGCAUUCAAUUGGGCUUUAUCUCCUUCUCUACGUAUACAUUCUCCUCCAUCAGCCAAACUCCAUUAGCCCUGCCACUCAAAUCACUGUUUUAUAAUAAAACUCCCUAUGAUUUUCUGAUUAUACCACAACUCUCCAAGGUCUUUUCACUUUCCCCCUCAUCUUCAAUGCCCAUUGCUUUUUGACUUCCGAAUGUUGAGUGUGUUGAGAUAUUUCUACGCUGCAAGGAUGUAUUUGUGGGCUGCUAGAUUAAUUAUUGUGCCACUUACCUGCAAAACAGCUCAGCUCAAUUCCUUCACUGUAAAAGGAAUUUCUUAAGGAUAAGGCAUUGAUAUGCUUACAUGACAUUAUGUGGUUUCAGGAGGGAGCAGACGGAAACCCAGUUUUAUUGUCUCUGUGUGAUGUAUUGAUGAGGAUGUACAUGUAUGAGUGAAGCUGUGUGUGUCUGAAUGGAGAUAUGACUGUGAUGCCCGUGAGGAAGAAUGAGUGUUGCUGCCUGACUUAAAAGCAGUUUCUCGCACUGAACCUGGAUGCUUUCUGUAAUUAUUUAAGUAUAUACUAUUUAAUGUGGAUAUAUUUUGCUCUUGUAAAUUGUAAAUACUGAUUUUUCCUCUGUUCUCCUGUGGUAUUAAUACGUCUCAGUUAGUGCGGCACAUAUACUUUAUAUUGACACUAAUUAGGAAUGCAAUGGUGGCAGUCUUUCUCUUUCCAGGCCAGUUUCAUGUUCCUUUGCCAACAAGCCACUAAUUGCUUGAUCCAAGUAUCCCACCACCCACCCACUGAACCUCCACCACCUCAAGCACCUUAACUUGGGGAGGCCAUUAGAUGACACCCCUAAAUUGCUUUGGUCAAGAAUUUGAGGCAAAACAAAAAGACCAGUGGCUGAAGAAAAUGUUAGUUAUUAGGGACUAGUUCAGUAAAAGUGAAAGAGCUUAACAUUCAGAUAGUGGCUCAACUCGUUUUGGAUUAGAUUGCCAUCAAUGCUUUAACUGAGUCAAAGAGCUCCUGAUAUUAUUGCUAAUGAUUCCAGCACCUGGAGUCUCCUGUGUAACCAGAAUAUUUAGAUUUCUGUUGAUAGAGGAAGGCCGUGGGAAUGAGCAGACUUUUAAUUCCAUUACACUCAAUAGUCCCAUGUUUCUUCUAACUCAAACUAUAUGAUUUGAUAGAAACGACAAACAGGAAGGCCACCAUACUUCUCAGGAGUUUAUUCCAUAAUAUUUGACAAAGUGAAAUAAAAUAUUAUCAUUAUUUUGAGUGCUGAUGUUGCAAUCAUUGUAAAAUUGUUAGUGAAGGAGAACUAUUCAAUGCAGUUUAAUGAAAUCACCCAAUCCAAUGAAGUAUGAAGAACACAUAAAAUGGGGUAUCUUAGGCCUGUGAAAUUGCAAAUCCCCACCCCAAUGUUUGUGAAGUGAGCAAGUUACUUUGGGAACACUUCGUUCUAACGGGUCAUGCCAAUGUGCAUCAGAAAGCCAAUUUCAUCUGGAUACCAUUCUAGUAUGGAGUGUUCCUCAUCUCACUACACUGACAAGUAGAAGACUUCUUGAAAUCACUGUUGCCGAGAAAAUCAUCUUCAUUUGAUAGCACUAAGCAUACCAUGAGUAAGUAAGAGUGCAUUGUACUCUGCUUUCAAAAUUCAAUUUGGGGUUUUGGAGGCAGAAGGCAAUAUUUUGCAAUGACUAGUGUUAAAUGCUACUGACUAGUGAUAAAUUAAUGUCUCCAACAGAACAUCUCUAAUUGCAAAAGGAUUACAAUACUUAAAAGUUCCUGAGAUGUGAGCAUAAAUAGUAGUCCCUGGCCAGCUUGGAGAAGCUGAUGAUGAGUUGGCUUGAAGCACUCCAACUCAUGAAGUGAAAGGACUCCCUUUAUGUUUUCAGCAGGUGAUCGAAUGGUUAAUGAUGUGCCAAUGCAACUACUGACCCAGUUCUGGACUGUGGAGCUCAUUGGUUUAGAGUGAUGCAGUUGAAGCUUUGAUGAAUUAGUUAUAGUUGUAAUGAAUUGCUUUGAAUUAGUUACUGUUACUAUGAGUCAGGCACAGCAGCCAUUUUGAACAAAUCUACUGCUUUUUGGAGAGCUCUGUAGUCUGCUUAAAAUAGUGCAAUGAAAUCUUUCUGAUAUCCAGAUGAUGAUCCCUGACAAUGCAGUACUUCUUUGGUACUACAGCGUUAGUUGUGAUAUAUAACUUAAUCAGACAAGAUGGAGUGCUUAUAACAUCUGAGUAGGAGAGUAGGAGCCCUUUCCCAAAUUAAUCUAACUGAAAAGUGGAAAAAGAAAAUUAAAAUGUAGCCAUUGCAUUCCUGAUACUAACAUGCCCAGGUUAUGUGUGUGUGUGUUUUAUUUUCUCUCACAGAGUCUAAUGGAGCCUAAAUUAUUUGUUUCUACCUCAUGUGCAUAGCUUGUAGGUAAUGUACUGAUUCUUCAGAGUGACUGUGGAGGAUGUAUUUAAAUUAUUUAACACCUUGGUAUAACAAAAAUAAGAGAAUUUUGGAAAUAAAUGAA